ACCCCGGGACAUCACAUGGAGCUCCCAGGGACUCCCAGGUACUUCACAUCGACCUCCCAAGGACUCCCAGGGACUUCACAUGCCUGUUCUUCUCGUCCUCUUUUCCAGCGCUGCAGCAAAUGUUGACCGAACCCUCUGACUAUUCCAAUUCGUCCAACCCACCUUUGUUAAUAAUACAGAAUAUAGCAUAUAUAUAUACCAUGGGACAUAGCCACGCGAAGGAGGUAACUUUACUUAUCGUCUCCAACACCCUCCAGCUCGAUCUUAAGGUAGGACGCCAUGGCCAAGAAAAAGAAGCGAAGGAGGUAACUUUACUUAUCGUCUCCAACACCCUCCAGCUCGAUCUUAAGGUAGGACGCCAUGGCCAAGAAAAAGAAGCGGUGGACGGAGGACGAAUCAAGCUCCAGCAGAUCGAGCUCAACUGAUGACCUGCCUACAGAGGAAACUAGAUGUCGAAGAAGCCGGUCCCAAGCACAGAGAUAUGCUAGGAAAAAAAAGAGCAAAGUCAUAAGCAUACUGACUGAGCUCAAGGAGGAGAUGCGCAAACAAUCAAAGAAGAUUACUGAAACUAAGGAGGAGGUGGUUGCAGCGCUGGGCCCGCCGGUGGCCAUGCCCUCCUUCGGUGGUGCGCGGGGCAGGCGUCCCAUGGUUGGAUCCGGUCCUUCCGGAUCUGCGCUUCUCCUCUUUCCUGCGCCGGGUGGCCGCACGGCCGCUAGGCGGCUGCGGCGUGCCGAUUGCCUCCUCGAGGGGGCGGUGCCAGAUCCAGGGCCGGUGAGGCCGGAUCCGGCCUCGUCCGUGGAGACGGCGGGAUGGGAGGCGGCGGCGGCAUCUACAGCAUGCUGGUAAAGGUCUGGCACCGGAGGCGGUCCGCUGGCAGGUGUUUUUGGUUGGUGCAGUCACGCGGAGGUGGUUCUUGGGAGCGCAUCGAGAAAUCCAAAUCCGGCCUCGUGCUGGCCGGCAAAGGCGACGCUUCUUGCAGCUUCUUGCGCCGCUUUCUUUGUUGGAAGCUUUGCCGCUGCGCUACCUUUCAGCAAGUCCCUGUUGACGACAGAUGUUACAGGAAACUGUUUGGGGAAUCUUGUUCGGCAUUAUGCUGGUGUCAACAUUAGUGACAUCUCUUGAUGCCACUAUCUUCCUGGAGACGAUAUCGAUUUCUGCUCACAUCUAUGCGCUAGGCGGAGAUUUACGGGGAAGGUUCGGCAAGCAACAAACAAUCCGGACAUCAAGUUUCUGAGUAGACGAGAGAUGUGAUGGAUUGAUCCGUGAAUUUUUUACAAGGUUGAAGCGAGAACGAAAAAAAAGAUUGGAACUUAGUCUUUUAGUUUUCUUUCUUUGUUCUAUAAUUUUCUCUCUUGUAUCUGUGAAAUCCCUCUUUCGAGGUUUAGAGUCUAAGAACUCUUGUAACUCUUUUUGGCUGUAGUCAUUCACUUGUGAAUGAUCAAAGCCGGAACAUUUUCCAUAAUCUAUAAAAACUACUUGAGCUGCAGUUUGGUCUAUCAGUGUGAGUUGCUGGGCUGGCUGCCACAUAGGCAGACAACAAUAUGGCAUCAGUGAUAAAAUCCUCUGAAGAAGGCAGCAACUGAAGUCCAGGAGAUCGAAGGCAGUGCAGCGUACGUGCUUUUGCUUGCUUCUCCAGAGCGGCACACGCGAAUGCUCACUCGUUAGGAGGAACCACCGCCUCAACGACCCGGCGACUGCCGUCACCACCCGCGAUAUGAUGCCGCAGCCUUGGAGACCGUCUGUCCCCCCGUGGUCGGGGUGGGGUAGUAGGCAUUGUGUAACGAACAUGGCAUUAUUUAUGCCAUUUCGAGUGAUUUUGGUGAUCGAAUGACAACACAAUCAAUGGGACUAAUGGUUUUGUUAAGUGGACAUUUCUA